UGGACUACCGCGCUGGCAGCCUCACCGGAAAGUAUUGACUCUUACCAUUCGAACGUGAAGUAUUUCUGUGCCAGGAUACUACCAAACCUUCCCUCCUAGGCAUAGGGGUGGAUAUCUAGGAACUUUGUUGUGGCCUAAAAUAUCGUUGGCAAUUUGAUACCACGCAGAUACGAGUAUCUAGGCUACAAGUAGUUCUUUCUCUGCGUCAGAUUAACUUUUAUAAAUAAUGUGUUUAGUGUCUUACGUGGGCAGUACGUAAAUUGGAAGAAUAUUUUGAUGGCACCAUUGUUUUUGUACUCCACGUUCUCCUCAAUGAGUUAAUGCGGACAAGAACGACGAAGUGUAGAAGUCUAGAUCGUUUGAACCCAGUGCUUCCAUGCUCAACACAGUCUGCAUUCAGCUCCAGGCGAAGCUUUUAAUUGUAUAAGUUACGAUGUGAAACGGGAAGAAGCAGUACGCAAUCGAGUAUCGUCUUGAAAAUAUGUAUGUACGCCUCAUUUACGUUGAAGUGUUGCUCCCGUCUGUUACCGGCUUUUAACCGAUGCGCAACAGGACGAAUGAUAGUACAUUGUAUGAUGCGUUAGCCUCGUAACAUUCAAGUGUCCUCUAACUUGCACCUUUUCUUUGUUUGAGUCAAUACUAAAAAGCCUGAAAAAUCAAUCUUAACAAACGGGUUAUCAUCCUUACUAAUUACGGAGCCAAUAAUCGUAUCCGUGACUUAACAAAAUGAAGCGGAAACUGAAAAUAACGAAGCGACUUGGUCAACGAAAUGAUAGUGAAUCUCAAAAAAGUUACAUUUCGAAACUGGGAGGUGAUGAGCCACGGAAUAGUGUGUCCGAGGACUCUUUGAAAGUGUGGAGUGAGUUACCCGCAAAAAUUCGGCAGGACCCCAGCUUGGCAUUAUUCAAAACAGAGCAUGAGAAAUUGCAUGGCAAACCAAUAGACACAGAAGCCGCAAAUGAAGUGACCGACGAAAGUGAGAAUCCAGAUAACGAAUAUGAUCAUGAUAACAAUGAACACACGACAGACAAUGACGAUAACACAAAAGAAACGGAAUUCGUAUCAAUUAGUCCUAAUAGAACUAUCGGCAAUAUUCCCGUCAAUAAAAAGGUUUCAAUUGUAUCUGCUCAAGUAGUCACCCAACCGGAAAGAUACAGGAAGUACGCAAGGAUGGUUUCACUUUUAGUAAUCUGGCUCAUUGUGACUUCGAUAUUAGCUACAACGAGGGAGAAGACCACCGAAGGGACCCAGAUUGUGAUCCCGUCGAUUGGGGUUAAAGAAUUCACUCUUGGCAACAGACCUUCCAAUAGCCUCUUUAAACUAACUUUCCAAGGAGCCUUUUUGAGUCCUCUGGAGAUCGAAGGAAAUGAAACGAAUUUUCUGGAAGUUCAAUUUCAAAUUGUGGACAAAAGUAACGACUCAUUUCUACUGAAUAUUUUGGAUAUAUGGAAGGUACCUACCGUGCGGCCGCAAUAUUAUGAAACCUCGAAGCUUAGGGCCAUUACGCGGCGCUUCGAGCUAUCAUCCUUCGAACAAGAGAUUCUUGAUCAAGGAUCUAGGGUCAUACAACUAUCGAUUUCAAAACAGUCUCAGGUUCAAACGUAUGACUUGUUCGCGAUGGAGGUUUUCUAUAAUCCCGAAAUAGUUGAUAUUCCAACCGGGGCUUUGUUCGGGGCAUUGAUCCUGGCCAUAAUGUAUAUAUUGAUUAUCUGGGAGAUAGUCCACAGAACUUUUGCUAGUAUAAUUUCAGCUACGAUGGCUAUUGCUGUUCUGGCGGUCUUUGGUGAUAGACCGACCAUGGAGGAGAUAGUGGUAUGGAUGGACACUGACACGCUACUUCUGCUGUUUUCUAUGAUGGCCCUUGUGGCAGUUCUCACAGAGACUGGAAUUUUUGAUUAUUUAGCAGUUUUAACGUUUGAAAUAUCCAACGGCAAAAUCUGGCCUCUCAUCCAUUGUCUAUGCUUGAUAACAUGCUUGGUCUCAGGAUUUCUGGAUAACGUUACUACUGUGCUUCUGAUGACACCAAUUACAAUAAGACUGUGCGAAGUGAUGAAACUGGACCCUGUUCCUAUACUAAUGGCAAUAGUCGUGCACGCCAACAUCGGAGGAACUAUGACGCCCAUCGGAGAUCCACCGAAUAUAAUUAUAACGAACAAUCACUACAUUCAAAACAAUGGCGUGACGUUCAUAACAUUCAUCGCACACAUGGUACCCGGAGUAAUCUUGGUAGUUAUCCAAACCUCCCUCCAUUUCCGAUAUAUUUUCCGUGAUAUUCACAAUUUACGAUUAACUGAAUCUGAAGAAUUGAAAAAUCUACGACGUGAAAUAUCUGUUUGGAAGAGAGCGGCAGGAUCAAUAAAUUCUUAUUCGAAAGAUGCAGAUGUUGUGAAAGAUACGUUACUGAAGAAGGUACGUGUGUUGAGACGUCGUCUGAAAAAAAUGGAAACUGCCGGAACGGUCUCAACAGAUGAUUAUAAUCAUACUUUGGAAAAUUUGAGAUCUAUGUAUCCACUCAAAAACAAGCCCCUACUUAUGAAGUCAGCAUCAGUUCUGGUUUUUAUUAUCGUCUUGUUCUUCACGGAAUCCAUCCCCGGUUUGCGUCACUUAUCACUGGGCUGGGUGGCCUUAACGGGGAUGAUUCUCCUUCUGAUUAUCUCAGGUCGCGAUGACAUGGAUUGUCUGCUAUCGCGAAUCGAAUGGACGACUCUCCUUUUCUUCGCUUGCAUGUUUGUCACUAUGGAAUCACUAUCACGACUCGGCUUCAUCACGUGGAUAGGACAACAAACGGAAAGUAUAAUCCUCAGCGUUCCGCAGGAUUCACGUUUGGCCUGUGCUAUCUUUCUUAUACUUUGGAUUUCGGCACUUUCUUCGGCGUUUGUGGACAGUGUUCCGAUAACAGCGAUGAUGGUGAAGGUCGUAGUCACGUUGGCAGAAAAUGAGAAGUUAAACUUGCCGCUGCAGCCACUGGUGUGGGCUUUGACUUUUGGUCCUUGUCUAGGAGGAAAUGGGACAGUCUACGGUGCUUCGGCGAAUGUGGUGUGUGCUGGAAUAGCCGAACAACAUGGUUAUAAGAUUUCCUUCAUAAAAUUCUUUAGAAUUGUGUUUCCCAUGAUGUUGGCGAGUGUUAUUGUUAUUACUGUUUACCUUCUGUUUUCACAUGUUCUUCUCGAUUGGCAUUGAAUUUCCAAGUUUCUCUUUAAGGCAGCGCGUUAUAUUAUAGUAAACACUGUUCGUGGAAAACUAUGUCCUUUGAUGUUAUGUUAUGUUAAUUUCGUUAUUGAAUAAAAGUCAGAAAAUAAGA